AUGCCAACGUUUAAACAGUAUAAAUUUGGAAGUGGAAAUAGGGGUUGGUCAUUACAGGAAGUACUAUUUCUAGAAGUUAAUAUAAAUAAGUACUCUCCGUUAGGAGGCUGCUCAUACAUAAAGCUGCCUAAGUUUAUUGAAACCAAGAAGGGUGUAGUGAAUGUGCAGAAUAAUGAUGCGUACUGCUUUGCUUGGGCCAUCACAUUAGCUCUAUAUCCAGCCAGAGAUCAUGUUAGCCUAAUGUCAUCGUAUCCACACUUCGAGACCGUGCUGAAUGUUGAUGGCAUUGAAUUUCCCAUGAAGCUUAAAGACAUUUCAAAAUUUGAAGACCUCAAUGAUAUAAGUGUUAAUGUUUAUGGCUUGGAACAUAGUUAUGAAAAUGGUAAGGCUAAAUUUGAAAUAGUAGGCCCAUUACGAUAUUCCCGUAGAAGGUUAGGGCAUCAUAUAAAUUUACUGCUAAUAACAGAAGAUUCCGGUAAUAGUCACUAUUGUUGGAUUAAAAGUAUAUCCAGAUUAGUUUCGAGUCAAAUAACUAAAAAUGGUCAUAAAAAAUUUUUUUGUGACGGGUGUUUACUUUAUUUUCCAUCUGAAAGCGUCCUAUUACGUCAUCAAUUGUGCGAUUGUAAUCAUAUAUAUACCAGUACACCAUCAGUGGAGCUUAAAAAAGACAAACGCGGUAAUUAUGUCCCCGAAAAUAUACUGAAGUUUCAAAAUUAUGGUAAGCAACUAAGAGUCCCAUUUGUAAUUUAUGCCGAUUUUGAAUCGAUCCUAAAACCUAUAGAUCAUUGCGAACCAGAUCCGGAAAAAAAAUUCACCAUCCCUACAUACCAACAUGAGCCAUAUGCUUUUGCAUAUCUGAUUAAAUGUUCAUUUGAUGAUUCAUUGACGAAAUUUGUAACUUUUACCGGCGAUAAUGCCGCGAGCGAUUUCGUAAAACGCUUAGAGGAUGAUGUAUUAACUAUUUAUAAUACUCAUUUAAAAGACAUUGUUCCAAUGCAGCGACUGUCUAAAGAUGAAAUAGAUGAUUUUAACACAUCGACUAUAUGCUCUAUUUGCGAUGAGACCUUUCAAGAAGGCGAAGUUAAAGUAAGAGAUCAUUGCCAUCUUACCGGUAAGAAAACACCCGGCGCCGCGCAUAGCAAUUGUAAUUUAAAUUAUAAAAUCCCGCAAUUUGUCCCAAUAUUUUUCCAUAAUUUGAGUGGGUAUGACAGCCAUUUAUUUAUUAAAGAAUUGUAUGGGGAAGGUGAGAGAGCCGAAGUUAUUGGCCAAAAUAAAGAAAAAUAUAUUUCGUUCACAAAACCAUUGUACACCCAUAGCUAUGUAGAUAGAGACGGUAUUUUGAGAAAAAAUUACAUAAAACUCAGAUUUUUGGAUAGUUACAGAUUUUUAGCGGAUUCCUUGGUUGGGCUGUCGGAAAACUUGCCAUCAGAAUUUUUUGUUGAAACAAGGAAAUGUUUUGCAGAAAAAGAAAAAUUUGAUUUGAUGAGACAGAAAGGGGUGUUUCCAUAUAAUUUCAUGGAUAAUAUAUUGAAAUUAGAUCACCCAAAUUUACCCUCAAAAGAUGAGUUUUAUGAUAAGUUAAAUGAUUGUCACAUAUCCGACGAGGAUUACGCGAGGGCCCAGAAAGUGUGGGAUGUAUUUAAUUGCCAAACCUUGGGAUCGUAUUCUGAUUUAUAUUUAAAAUCAGAUGUUCUAAUGUUAUGCGAUAUAUUUGAAAAUUUUAGAGAUGUAUCGCUUAAAGCAUAUAAACUAGAUCCAGCGCAAUAUUAUACAUCUCCAGGUCUGUCAUGGAAUGCGAUGUUGCGCUACACCAAGGUGGAGUUAGAGUUGCUGACAGAUAUUGAUAUGAUUAAUUUCUUCAAAAAUAGUAUACGUGGCGGUAUCACUCAAUGUGUGGAAAGAAAACAUAUUGCCAAUAAUCAGUAUUUAUCGGAAUAUAAUCCCUUCGAGCCAAAGUCCUCUAUACACUAUAUUGAUGCCACAAAUCUCUAUGGGUAUAGUAUGAGUCAGCCACUACCCACAGGAGAAUUUGCAUGGUUAUCGACCGAGGAAAUUAAUCAACUCGAUGUAAUGUCAGUUGAUGAUCUCGGGGAUUAUGGCUAUGUAUUAGAAGUUGAUGUAACAUAUCCACAACACCUUCAUGAUAAACACGCCGAUUUGCCAUUUUUAGUGGAGAAUAUAAUUCCACCUAAUUCCAAAACAGAAAUCCCCAAACUGGUGCCGAAUUUAAACCACAAAGACAAAUACAUACUACACUAUAGAAACUUCAAGCAGGCCAUAAAUAAUGGACUAAUUGUAACUGAAAUUCAUCGCGCCCUCAAGUUUAAGCAGUCACGUUGGCUGAAAAAAUACAUAGAUCUCAAUACUAAUAUGAGAAACAAUGCCAAGCACACAUCUGAGAGAAAUCACUUUAAGCGCAUGGUCAAUAGUGUGUACGGGAAAACUAUGGAAAACGUGGAUGACAGACGAGAUAUUUACCUUAAAACCCACUGGGUUAGUAAGAGAAAUUCCCCAGGCGCAAACAAUUUAAUUGCUCGACCGAAUUUUAAGUCUUGUUCUAUAUUUUCAGAACACUUUGUGGCUAUACAUAUGGGUAGAACCAAAAUAUGCUAUAACAAACCAUUGUACAUCGGUUUCACAGUGUUGGAAUUGUCAAAAGUAAGGAUGUACGAUUAUUAUGGAAUAUUAAAACAGCAAUUAGUUGAUCAAAUUUCAUUACUUUACACAGAUACCGAUAGUUUUGUACUUAAAGUUGAUACAAUUAAUUUUUAUGAAUUUAUGGGGAGAAAUAUAGAACAUUUCGACACAUCUAAUUAUAAAACGGAUAAUAAAUUUAACCUACCCGUAAGUAAACCAAUAUUGGGGAAUUUCAAAGAUGAGUAUCCAAAUCAGGCCAUCAGCACAUUUUUAGGGACAGGCGCCAAGGCCUACUAUAUUAGAUCAGAUGAGAAAGAAACCAAAGCCGCUAAGGGAGUAAAAAAAUGCGUAAUACAAAGCAGCUUAAACAUGUCGGAUUAUCAAAAGAUUGUAGAAGGCGGGGGUAAGAUAUUUAGAAAAAUGAAUACAUUCAGGAACCCACAAGUUCAUAAAAGUAGAUGUGAAUCAUGUAAUGUAGACAUCGCAACCAAUCAGAUGACAUCACAUAUGAGGAGUCUUAGUCAUAAAGAAAAGGCAUGCACAAUUCAUGUCGAUGGUAUAUAUUUAAUUAAGAGUGCAUUUAAGUGCAGAAUCGCAAGUUAUAGAGUCAAAAGUGAUGAAAAACAUAUAGACUAUAUAACAUUUUUUGAGGCUAUAAAAGUGAGGGUAUUGGAAUUGUUGAAAGUUGUUCUGAGGGCCCAUAAUGCCAUUAAAGUUAAUGUAGAGGUCUUCGCUACAUAUGUAUUGCAGAGCCAAGAUAAUUCUGAAAUCAAAUCUUUUAAUAGCAUAAAUCGAAUACUAGAUUUGCCGACGGAUUUGGAUGUGGUAUAUGCAAACUUUAAGGACGCCUUGGUAUCUCAAACCGUAGACUUCCAACAUAAAGAUUCAGGUUGGUCAUUACAGGAAGUACUAUUUCUAGAAGUUAAUAUAAAUAAGUACUCUCCGUUAGGAGGCUGCUCAUACAUAAAGCUGCCUAAGUUUAUUGAAACCAAGAAGGGUGUAGUGAAUGUGCAGAAUAAUGAUGCGUACUGCUUUGCUUGGGCCAUCACAUUAGCUCUAUAUCCAGCCAGAGAUCAUGUUAGCCUAAUGUCAUCGUAUCCACACUUCGAGACCGUGCUGAAUGUUGAUGGCAUUGAAUUUCCCAUGAAGCUUAAAGACAUUUCAAAAUUUGAAGACCUCAAUGAUAUAAGUGUUAAUGUUUAUGGCUUGGAACAUAGUUAUGAAAAUGGUAAGGCUAAAUUUGAAAUAGUAGGCCCAUUACGAUAUUCCCGUAGAAGGUUAGGGCAUCAUAUAAAUUUACUGCUAAUAACAGAAGAUUCCGGUAAUAGUCACUAUUGUUGGAUUAAAAGUAUAUCCAGAUUAGUUUCGAGUCAAAUAACUAAAAAUGGUCAUAAAAAAUUUUUUUGUGACGGGUGUUUACUUUAUUUUCCAUCUGAAAGCGUCCUAUUACGUCAUCAAUUGUGCGAUUGUAAUCAUAUAUAUACCAGUACACCAUCAGUGGAGCUUAAAAAAGACAAACGCGGUAAUUAUGUCCCCGAAAAUAUACUGAAGUUUCAAAAUUAUGGUAAGCAACUAAGAGUCCCAUUUGUAAUUUAUGCCGAUUUUGAAUCGAUCCUAAAACCUAUAGAUCAUUGCGAACCAGAUCCGGAAAAAAAAUUCACCAUCCCUACAUACCAACAUGAGCCAUAUGCUUUUGCAUAUCUGAUUAAAUGUUCAUUUGAUGAUUCAUUGACGAAAUUUGUAACUUUUACCGGCGAUAAUGCCGCGAGCGAUUUCGUAAAACGCUUAGAGGAUGAUGUAUUAACUAUUUAUAAUACUCAUUUAAAAGACAUUGUUCCAAUGCAGCGACUGUCUAAAGAUGAAAUAGAUGAUUUUAACACAUCGACUAUAUGCUCUAUUUGCGAUGAGACCUUUCAAGAAGGCGAAGUUAAAGUAAGAGAUCAUUGCCAUCUUACCGGUAAGAAAACACCCGGCGCCGCGCAUAGCAAUUGUAAUUUAAAUUAUAAAAUCCCGCAAUUUGUCCCAAUAUUUUUCCAUAAUUUGAGUGGGUAUGACAGCCAUUUAUUUAUUAAAGAAUUGUAUGGGGAAGGUGAGAGAGCCGAAGUUAUUGCCCAAAAUAAAGAAAAAUAUAUUUCGUUCACAAAACCAUUGUACACCCAUAGCUAUGUAGAUAGAGACGGUAUUUUGAGAAAAAAUUACAUAAAACUCAGAUUUUUGGAUAGUUACAGAUUUUUAGCGGAUUCCUUGGUUGGGCUGUCGGAAAACUUGCCAUCAGAAUUUUUUGUUGAAACAAGGAAAUGUUUUGCAGAAAAAGAAAAAUUUGAUUUGAUGAGACAGAAAGGGGUGUUUCCAUAUAAUUUCAUGGAUAAUAUAUUGAAAUUAGAUCACCCAAAUUUACCCUCAAAAGAUGAGUUUUAUGAUAAGUUAAAUGAUUGUCACAUAUCCGACGAGGAUUACGCGAGGGCCCAGAAAGUGUGGGAUGUAUUUAAUUGCCAAACCUUGGGAUCGUAUUCUGAUUUAUAUUUAAAAUCAGAUGUUCUAAUGUUAUGCGAUAUAUUUGAAAAUUUUAGAGAUGUAUCGCUUAAAGCAUAUAAACUAGAUCCAGCGCAAUAUUAUACAUCUCCAGGUCUGUCAUGGAAUGCGAUGUUGCGCUACACCAAGGUGGAGUUAGAGUUGCUGACAGAUAUUGAUAUGAUUAAUUUCUUCAAAAAUAGUAUACGUGGCGGUAUCACUCAAUGUGUGGAAAGAAAACAUAUUGCCAAUAAUCAGUAUUUAUCGGAAUAUAAUCCCUUCGAGCCAAAGUCCUCUAUACACUAUAUUGAUGCCACAAAUCUCUAUGGGUAUAGUAUGAGUCAGCCACUACCCACAGGAGAAUUUGCAUGGUUAUCGACCGAGGAAAUUAAUCAACUCGAUGUAAUGUCAGUUGAUGAUCUCGGGGAUUAUGGCUAUGUAUUAGAAGUUGAUGUAACAUAUCCACAACACCUUCAUGAUAAACACGCCGAUUUGCCAUUUUUAGUGGAGAAUAUAAUUCCACCUAAUUCCAAAACAGAAAUCCCCAAACUGGUGCCGAAUUUAAACCACAAAGACAAAUACAUACUACACUAUAGAAACUUCAAGCAGGCCAUAAAUAAUGGACUAAUUGUAACUGAAAUUCAUCGCGCCCUCAAGUUUAAGCAGUCACGUUGGCUGAAAAAAUACAUAGAUCUCAAUACUAAUAUGAGAAACAAUGCCAAGCACACAUCUGAGAGAAAUCACUUUAAGCGCAUGGUCAAUAGUGUGUACGGGAAAACUAUGGAAAACGUGGAUGACAGACGAGAUAUUUACCUUAAAACCCACUGGGUUAGUAAGAGAAAUUCCCCAGGCGCAAACAAUUUAAUUGCUCGACCGAAUUUUAAGUCUUGUUCUAUAUUUUCAGAACACUUUGUGGCUAUACAUAUGGGUAGAACCAAAAUAUGCUAUAACAAACCAUUGUACAUCGGUUUCACAGUGUUGGAAUUGUCAAAAGUAAGGAUGUACGAUUAUUAUGGAAUAUUAAAACAGCAAUUAGUUGAUCAAAUUUCAUUACUUUACACAGAUACCGAUAGUUUUGUACUUAAAGUUGAUACAAUUAAUUUUUAUGAAUUUAUGGGGAGAAAUAUAGAACAUUUCGACACAUCUAAUUAUAAAACGGAUAAUAAAUUUAACCUACCCGUAAGUAAACCAAUAUUGGGGAAUUUCAAAGAUGAGUAUCCAAAUCAGGCCAUCAGCACAUUUUUAGGGACAGGCGCCAAGGCCUACUAUAUUAGAUCAGAUGAGAAAGAAACCAAAGCCGCUAAGGGAGUAAAAAAAUGCGUAAUACAAAGCAGCUUAAACAUGUCGGAUUAUCAAAAGAUUGUAGAAGGCGGGGGUAAGAUAUUUAGAAAAAUGAAUACAUUCAGGAAAACCGCUACUAAGUAA